ACUAUUGUUUCAAUCAAAUCAGAUAUGAGACUGUUUUUGGUCUUGAUUCUGCUUUUUCUUAUUUCCUGCAUCCAAUCUAAGGACCCAGAAAGCUCUGCAGGAAUAUCCAGCGAACCUUGGUCUGAUGAAAUCCGGGUGUUGCGAAUGGAGCUAAUGGAAAUGCAAAAAGAAAUGUCAGAGCAGAAAGAGAAAAUCAAGCAACUCGAAGACGAUUUAAAGAAAAAAACAGAAAAGUGCGAAUGUCCCCAAACCAACUUAAGAGAAAUUGAGUCAAAAGAAAUUGUCCAAACUCAGAGAAAGGACCCGAGGACAAGCGAAGGUUCCACCAGAGACCUUCCGAAAGACGACAAAUCUGUGAUAAGACGAUUACUGAUACCUCCAACUCCAAGUCCGUCAUCUUCACCCAAUAUUUCACACAGAAUAGCAUUCCAUGCAUAUUCACCAUCGGAUUUCAAAAACCUAGCCCUUCAUCAAUCUUUGAUAUUUGGGCGCGUCAUUUUAAACCAAGGAAACCAGUACCAUCACACUACAGGAAUCUUCACCCCCCACGUUUCUGGAGUGUAUGUAUUUUACGUACAAUUAGUGGUAAGUUCAGAUGGAGAUGUCCACACGGAACUCGUCGUAGAAGGAGUAAGAAAAGGUGGACACUUCGUACAAAGCCACACUCCAGGAGGUUAUUAUAACGGUGGUGGAAUGACUAUCGUUCAUGUUAAUGCAGGGGACUCCGUCUGGGUCCGACUCGGAACGCAGCGUGGAACAAAUUUCUUUGGGUGGGAAAGCAGCUUCUCUGGAUUUUUAUUGUAUGAAGAGGAAUAA